AGAACCGCUAUUACAGUGGAACUCCCCACAACGACAUUGAUGCCAACCACACUGGAACCCAACGAGUGUGACAGUGACCCUUGCCAGAACGGAGCCGCUUGUAACGACGGCCCGGACAUGUUCACUUGUGACUGCGCCCCUGGGUACGAGGGAACCACAUGCAACACAAAUACUGACGAGUGUGGCAGUAACCCGUGUCAAAAUGGCGCGAAUUGUGUGGAUGCCGUCAACGAGUAUGCAUGCACGUGUCUCGCAGGCUAUGAUGGCGUACACUGCGAAACAAACAUCAACGAAUGUGCUAGCAGCCCUUGUCAAAAUGGCGUCUGCAAUGAUGCAGUCAACAGCUACACUUGCACCUGUUCUGCUGGAUAUGAAGGAACUUUAUGUGACACGAACACCAAUGAAUGUGCUAGCAGCCCGUGUCAAAAUGGCGUCUGCAACGAUGCAGUCAACAGCUACACUUGCACGUGCACUUCUGGAUACGGAGGCACCUUGUGUGAUACAAACAUCAACGAAUGUGCUAGCAGCCCUUGUCAACAUGGCGCCUGCAAUGACGGAGUCAACAGCUACACUUGCACCUGUUCUGCUGGAUAUGAAGGAACUUUAUGUAACACAAACACCAAUGAAUGUGCUAGCAGCCCUUGUCAACAUGGCGUCUGCAAUGAUGGAGUCAACAGCUACACUUGCACAUGUUCUGCUGGAUAUGAAGGAACUUUAUGUAACACGAACACUAAUGAAUGUGCUAGCAGUCCUUGCCAAAAUGGCGUCUGCAACGAUGCAGUCAACAGCUACACUUGCACGUGCACUUCUGGAUACGGAGGAACCUUGUGUGAUACAAUAUCAAUCCGUUUGGUGAAUGGUGCGACGUCAAACGUGGGCAGGGUGGAGGUGUGGCACAGUGGCGCCUGGGGCACCGUGUGUGAUGACAAUUGGGACAUGAACGACGCCAAUGUUGCCUGUCGUCAGUUGGGCUACCCGUAUGCGACAAACUUCUACGGCUCAGCUACCCACGGUGCCGGAUCCGGGGCGAUUCACCUCGAUAGUAUAAACUGCGCUGGUACAGAAGCUAGCCUUGGCAGUUGUCCACAUGGCGGAUGGGGUGUGCACAACUGCGGCCAUGGCGAAGAUUCCAGCCUGAAGUGUUAUCCAAGGAUUCGUCUGGUGAAUGGUCCAUUGUCCAACGAGGGCCGUGUGGAGGUCUACCACAACGGAGUCUGGGGAACGGUCUGCGAUGACAGUUGGGAUAUCAACGACGGUCACGUAGCCUGCCGUGAACUUGGCUACCCGUCUGCCGCCCAGGUCUGGUCCUCUGCCUUCUAUGGACAGGGCACGGGGGCUAUACACCUGGAUAACACGGCGUGUAGUGGCAGCGAGGCUAGCCUAGGAGCUUGCGGCCACAAUGGAUGGGGUUCUCAUAACUGCGGACACGGUGAAGAUUCGAGUGUCAAGUGCAACCUGACCUAAGAACUACAGUUUGAAAGUACGAUCUUUCAAGAGUGAAAGGAAAAAUAUUGGGCAAAGAAAAGGUAUCCGCAUUUACAUUAAAGGUAAUGUACAACAUUUGUUUUUGCUGCAAUUUUCAGAAAUAAAUGGAUUUGGGAGGAUUAAAAUGUUAAAGCAAAUAUUGUUAAACUGACUUGUUUCACGUUUUCGGCUUGUACAUAAUGGACAGACCAAGAAAACCAAUCAUGUUCUUGUAGUUUGGCUCCCUGACACCACUUUAGAUGAAACGGAGCAAUCUGUAUAGACUUUUGGGAAUUGUAAGGUCAGAGAAUCAGUCUGGCAGGCUUGUAGCUCUCCACAGGUGUUUAAUCAAUUGCAGAGAAAAUGCAGAAUAACUAAAUAUGAAAAAUUAGGAGCAGUUUUUGAAA